AUGUCAGAUAGAAGGCGGCUCAAUUUACCUACUGGCCCAAAACAGAGGGGGCCACCAAAUAGGGAAACAAGAGAAUUGAGGGAGACAAGAGAGAUAAGAGAGACGAGAGAAACUAGGGGAUAUAGAAGACAUGAAGGUUCCAGAGGAAGAUAUGAUGACUAUGGUUCCUAUUCUAGACGUGACAACUCUAGAGGAGGCAUGGAACGUGAUAGAAGGUACAAUGACCGAGGGAGAAGUUACGGGGAUCGUGAGUGGGAUAGAGACGAUCACAAUGGUAAUGUGGGAACCACAGAUCAUGAUGACUAUUUCACCAAGCGGGACACCUUCACUCCUGAAGAGUUAGAACAUGCAAUUUCUAUCGAUAAAAGAGAUAGAUCGGGAUUCACGCUAUGGGAUAAAAAACCUAAAGAACUUGGGGAACUUGGGGCGGAAAAGGCUAAGUUGUUGGGUUUGUUCCCAUUGCCUGGCUCCGGGAAGAAGCCACUUGAUAUUCAAAAAAUGGUUGAAAUUAUUAAGAAUGAUAACAGUAAAGCUAUCUUGGAAGAGAAUUCUCUUAUUGAUCCAAAAGACGCUUUAAAUGCUAGAGUUAUAGUAGUCAACAAUGUAAAGAAUGCGUUGGUCGAUGUGAUACUAAACUAUUUCAAAGAAUUUUUGUCAUCGUUGAAAGUGUUUGAAGAUGUGGAGAUAAAGAUCAAGAGCCACCAAAAGAGAAAAUCAAGCCUUAUUGUUGUGUUUGAAAAUUACCAUAUAGCCACAAUAGCAUUGGCACUCAAUGGAUAUAUAGUACACGAUGAUAAUGAAGGUAUAUUUACUCUCGAACUCUCAAGGCCUAAUGAAUAUUGUAUUCCGGUUUUCAACCAUCAUGCAGAGCAACUUGAUAAUACUCAGACUUUUUUAAAAGAUUCGCCGUCAAAGAUUACUGUGAGCAACAUACCGAUUAACGUUGAUGAACAACAGCUACGUAUUGUGAUUGCUGAAAAAGUGGACAGUGAACUAAUGUUUGUGACAAUUUUACGUGACAAAGAAGGAACUUCUAAGGGAAUUGGAUUUGUGGAAUUUAAAGAUCCGUCAGUGAUUUCGAAAGCGUGGGACUCUUUGAAAGAGGUGAAAAUUGAAAACCAGAAGUUGAAGUGGAACAUAUCAUGUAUUGGUAAUACUAGCGAUUCUGUCAUGAAUUUCCGUCAGUUAAUCAAAGCUUCAGAUGGUAAGCAAAUAUCUCAAAGACAUCCAACAAAGGUACUACAGCUUCUCAAUAUGAUUGAUUAUUCUGGGCUUAUCAAGGAGCAAAAUUAUAGCAACAUUGAGCGCGAGACCAAGGUAGUCAAGUUUGAUGUGGAGAAGAAGAUCAAGAGUUUGGAGAUUGAGUUCCAAGAAGUGAAAGUUCCACAAUUAUCACAGAAGAUAGACUUGAAGGAUCAGUUCCAUACGAUUGGAAAACUAGGAGGAUUUGGUAAAGUAUUUAUCAAAUUUAAUUCGAUUGAUGACUGUGAGUCCUGCUAUGUGAAAUUCAAUGGUACAAAGUACUUUGACAGAACAAUAUUGGUGAGUUAUUUCAGUGAUGAAGAUUUUGAAUUGGGGCUUUUUUAA